AUGUCAUACAUCGCAUCGCUUAAUUUACUCAACGCUGAUUCACCAUUACCUCUUUCGGACGAAUCGCUUACGGAAGAAUUGGCAUUGUGGGCAAAUGCUCAGUUUACCUUUGACAUUGCACCCGGCUCUGCGCUCCUCGACGAUCAACUCGAUAAGAAGCCAAACAAUGAAGAACAGCCAAUUCAGAAUUUGGAUAAUGUCGCCUAUUUUGCUGAUUCUGUUUCGAAGAAACCGUUGGCCAACACCAUGGCAACAAUGCUGGAAACGUUGGCAUCACCGUAUCUGUCGUCCGAUUAUCUUAUAACGCAAAUCCAAUCCUCCAACGGACAAUCAGCUAUCAAUUUACCGCGAAUCGCUCCUGCUACUCAGAACAUGGUUCUCAGCAGUUUUAUGAUUCCAAAGCCAACAACAACUUCUGCUAGUAGUAAUAUUGGCAAGAAACGAAAGUCGACCUCAAACGAUACGGUUGAUAGCAACGAAAAGUUGGCAGCAGAGGAAGACAAACGUCGUCGUAACACUGCUGCUUCAGCUCGUUUUCGAAUGAAAAAGAAAUUGCGAGAGCAAGCUUUGGAAAAAACGGCCAAAGACAUGACGGACAAGGUCCAGAAUUUGGAGAAACAAAUCCAAGAAUUGGAGAUGGAAGCCAAAUGGCUCAGAGCCUUGAUUGUAGAAAAAGAUCCAAAGUUGCUGGAUAGUUUUGAUAAACAAUCUACUUGUUCCGAGAUCAAUCCAAAAGAUAAUUGA